CCUUUCGCUUUCGAUUUCUCCGGGCCGCCUUGGGGGACGGGUCCCGUCCCGCAUGGGGCAGGGGCCGCGGGGCAGGAUCCCGCCCGGGACACCAUGAGGCUGGUCCUCGCCAUGGUGCUGGUCACGCAGCUGGAGCGCUCGGACUCCGCGGGCUGUGAGCCGGGCGAGUACCCCAGUGGCACCGAGUGCUGCCCCAUGUGUGCUGCGGGAUGGCGGGUUUUCAAGCACUGCACUGCCAGAUCCAGCACAACGUGCAUACCUUGUGUGGAGGGGACCUACACGGAUCACCCCAAUGGUUUAACACGCUGCAGGACAUGCAAACUGUGUGAUGAAGGGGCCAACCUGGUGACAGCAGCAGCCUGUACCUACACAAAGAACACAGUGUGUGGUUGUCGACCAGAGCACUUCUGCAGCUCCUCUGGGCCUGAAGGCUGUGAGCUGUGCCAGCCCUACACUGUCUGUGUGCCUGGCACUAUGGUCAAAGAAUGGGGUACAGCCACCAAGGACCAUGUGUGUGAAGUCUGUCCUCCUGGCACCUUCUCUUCAGCCAACAUGUCUGUGGCCUGCACACAAUGGCCCAGACUUAAGGAGCAGGACUCUUACCCAGCAAUCAUAGCAAUCGUCCUUGUUGUGAUUGUGGUGGCUGGUGCAGCUGCUCUCGCACAUAACUGGCAAAGGAGGAAAAGGAAAAGUUAUGCACCACCGGUGCAGGAGUCCGAGCAUGAACAGCGUGGUCAGGCUUUGAGGUUCAUGGAGGAGAAAGGGGCUCAAACAACUGUUCCUGUGCAGGAAGUCGGUGCUGACCCUGAAGAAACCAAGCCUGAAUCAGAGAGUCUUGUUUCAGCCACAGCAGACAAUGGGGAUGGUUAAAAACAACCAAGCACAAACCCUUUUUUUCUGAAACUCUGUGAAGGAAAAGUCAGGCUGGAAAUGAAAAGGUGAUUUUGCAAAGAGGGUCCUGAAAUAUCCCAGUGGCAUCUUGUGAAACAUCAAGUCCUGUACAAGCUGAGUGAUCAAGGGAGUGUCAUGAGCGGCUGGAAAUCUCUUCCCUUUUCCAUCCCCUUCACGGAGCAAUGGGCUGUGUGGAAUGCCUGCAGUUCUCUUUUUCUUCCCCCAUGGACAGCUGACACUUGGUACAUAUUAAUUAUUCCAUUAUUGGGGGAAUAUUCUAUUCUAUUAUUGUUGGGGGGGGAAAAACGGCGCUUUUUUCCCUUUUAAGCUUACUGCAUACAUAACAGACUUUUCAAAAGCAUUUCGUCCACACUUUUGUUUUAUAGCUGGGAAAAGGAACUGGGCACAGCACGAAGCAUAUAUGUUUUAAUAAAGAAAGUUAAUAUCCUAUGUGA